AUGGGGCGCRGGGAGAGCGUCCCUGCUCCCACAGCCCCACUGCACAGUGCCGAGCCGAGCCGCUCCGUGGCGCUGGCGGCGCCCGGCGGGCGCGCGCUGGAGAACGGGCUGGCGCGCCGGCCGCCCAUGGGCUGGCUGGCCUGGGAGCGCUUCCGCUGCAACGUGGACUGCGAGGCUGCGCCCCGCGACUGCGUCAGUGAGCAGCUCUUCAUGGAAAUGGCAGACCGCCUGGCGGAGGACGGCUGGAGGGAGCUGGGCUACCAGUACAUCAACAUUGAUGACUGCUGGGCAGCGAAGCAGCGGGACRCGAGCGGGCGGCUUGUCCCCGAUCCCAAGAGGUUUCCCCGAGGGAUUAAGGCCUUGGCUGACUAUGUCCACUCCCGGGGCCUGAAGCUGGGCAUUUAUGCAGACCUGGGCAUCUUGACCUGUGGAGGCUAUCCGGGGACCACAUUGGACCACGUGGAGCAGGAUGCCCAGACCUUUGCACAGUGGGGUGUGGACAUGCUGAAGCUGGAUGGGUGUUACUCAUCGGAGCAAGAGCAGGCGGAGGGCUACCCAAAGAUGUCGGAGGCCUUGAACRCAACGGGCCGCCCCAUAGUCUACUCCUGCAGCUGGCCGGCGUAUCGGGGUGGGCUCCCUCCCAAGGUGAACUACACGAUCCUGGCGGAGAUCUGCAACCUGUGGCGGAACUACGACGACAUUGAGGACUCGUGGGACAGCGUGCUCUCCAUCGUGGACUGGUUCUCCGCGCACCAGGACGUGCUGCAGCCGGCGGCUGGCCCCGGGCACUGGAACGACCCAGACAUGCUCAUCAUUGGAAACUUCGGCCUUAGCUACGAGCAGUCACGCUCCCAAAUGGCCCUGUGGACAGUGAUGGCAGCUCCGCUCCUCAUGUCUACUGACCUCCGCACCAUCUCCCCGAGCGCCAAGGAGAUCCUGCAGAACCGACUGAUGAUCCAGAUCAACCAGGACCCCCUGGGAAUCCAGGGACGUAGGAUUGUCAAGGAGAAAUUCCACGUCGAGGUGUUCCUGCGCCCGCUGUCCCAGGCUGCCAGCGCCCUCGUCUUCUUCAGCCGGAGGACGGACAUGCCCUUCCGCUACACCACGAGCCUGGCCAAGCUGCACUUCCCGGGCAACGCUGUGUACGAGGUCCGAGACGUGUACAGCGGUCAGAUCAUCAGCGGCCUAAAGACAGGAGACAACUUCACGGUGGUGAUCAACCCCUCGGGGGUGGUGAUGUGGUACCUCUCCCCGCUGGCACCGCCCUGGCGCCUGCUCAGGCAGCCGGGCCCCGGCCAAGGUAUCGGCCCCAUCGUUCUGUGAGGUGCUCAGCAGUGGGGCGCAGGGUGCCAGUGGGGUCCUCUGCCAGGCCCUGGAGCACCUUUCUCUGCCUUGCACAAGUGCCUCUCAUGGAUAUUAUUGACAAUGCAGGGGGUUGAAUUUAUGCUAUUCCCCUGGUACAAACUUGWUGAUUUCUACUUAAUCCACGUAAAGGAGGACUUCUUGCUCCCUGCUUCCUAAGCAUGGUGCACAGUUUGAUUCCUUGAUCCUUGCAAAGCACUCCUGUGGAAAACUGCCUUGAAAAGGUGGUCCAGCCUGCCUUUGAGCUUAUGAGCUCUGAUACCUGAGCAGCUCAUCACAUCAAAGUGGGUACCACUGCAGGAACUGUUUUAACAAGGCUGUAGCAUCACGAUAGAUAACACCUCCCUGUGCAUGUGAUGGGUGACUCGCAAGGGUCAGACACUCAAAGGAGACCUUUUCUCCUUUGCUCUAAUCAACUGGGCUCCAAAUAAGGGGAUGGGAGCAGGGCUUCACRCCACCAUGAACCCCCCCUGAGAACCCACCCCCAUCGGUGCUCACAGAGGGAGAUGGGAGUAGUGCAGCGGUGGGGGGAUCCCCAAGGCGCCAGCUCUGCCAGCAGCCUGGAGGCYAGCACUGCUGCUCUCCAGCACGCGUGCCAGGAGAAGAAAGGCGGCUCCCACUCCUCCCUCAGGAGUUUCCUACCCGCCAGCUUCGCUGCAGCAGAGGGGCCUCCAAGCUGCGAGUCAUGUUGCGGUCCUGCUUUUUCCAGCAGGCUGAACACUCCAGGGUUUCUCAGGGAGCAGCUCCUCCUGCUCCAAAGGGCAGCUACGUAGACAGCAGGAGGAGGCAGCACUAACACCCUGGAGGUGCUSGCAGCGAGUUGUGGCUCGAGCUCUGGAACCCAUCCCUGAUUCAUUUUGGUACUUUGGCUGGGCCUGACUCUACAUAUGACCCUGAGUAGCUGCAUCUGCUGCCACAGGUGUUAGUCAGGAUGGCAUCAACCACAAGGAGGAAAACUGCCAUCCCUCCCAGGCACCAGCUCCUGCUGUUACCCAUAUGGAGAAAAGCAGUGACAAAACAACCAAGAAAAGUGUUGGGGGGAAGGAAUGUCACAAAACAUGAGGGAGAUGCCAUCCCUCAAUCCCGUGGCUCUUUCUUACCUGAGACACAAGAGAAGAGCAUGGCAGAUCUCACGUGAUGUCAGGUACUUCAGCGUGUUGUCAGUGGCCACAGAAGGGCUGGCUGAUGCCCUGGGUUGUGCAUCUCUCACUGCUUCUCCCACCCCUGUGUCAGAGCAAUUUGAGGAGACCUACUGAGGCAAGCCCAGACAGAACAGCCAGCCAGCUGUAGGUCACUCACCUACCUUGAGUGACGUGGGAGAGGGGUGCACUGUUUGUUAAAGCUCUCCCUGAAAGUACAAGGCAACCGGGGAAGGCUGAUAACAAGGAUAGGCUCAGACUGGGGAAGUGCCCCAUUUUCACUAAAGUGGAGGGGGGAAAAUAAAUAAAAAAAUAAAGCUUCCUCUUUCGAGUCACUCCAGAUGACAGGAUUGGGAACCUACUACAGCUCCAGGAGGACCAAUGGCCCAGUCCA